AUGAGUCAGAGAGCAAAACAAGGGUUAAGGUCACAUCAGCUGCAUCACUCCAUGCUUCUGAAGAUGAGAUCAGCACCAAAGACGAUACGCGGUCUCCUUCCUUUGAAAUGUCUGUAGCUAGAGGUCGGAAAUAGUCGCGUGUGUUAUUAGGGUAGUCUACCUGUACUCGCAGAUUGCGCAAGUCAUUUUCGGUGAGAUUGUGAAGAGAGGCGACAAAUUUCACUGCACAUGGUAAACCAGCCACAAACCGUAUCGGUUUCUCAAUUGCUACGUCGCGGUUCGGUUCAGAAAUCCGCGCCCAUUUAGAUCGAAUUUUCCCUACAUCGGGAAAGGAACUGGGGAGAAGUGGCGCGUGCGUAACCAGUAAAUGACCAAAAGUACCGACGGAGAGUAUCUUCUUGCUAUCUGCCGUGCAACGUUCUAAAGGAUCCAAUAUGGCAGUGAUCAAAGAUACAGCUUGUUCACAAGGCUCUCCAUUUGCCGCCCAGCGCCUCUCCGCUUCUCUAAUAACCGCACGGAUGUCCAUAACUAUUUGAGCAUAACGUUCAGGAGAAAUGGUCAUCUCUACAAGCAAUUCCAGUAAUGACAAAAACAUUCCUGCCUCGAUCAAGAAGGAGGCCAUUUCCGGUGGCAACCCCGCAAACUGGUGCUCUGCGCAGCGUAUUCGAACCAAUUCUUGAUGCACUAUAUUGGAUGCAUCUUUGGUAUCUCCACCGCCGCGAAGUACAACUUGUGUGAGCGAUUCCAGGGCAGAACAUAUCUCGCAAAGACUAGCAAUGAAACGUGCAGCACCGGCUAGCGGCUCGUUAAAGGCACUAAUGGCAUUCGCUUCUUCGACAAUAAACCGCCGAAGAGCAUUUCUGUCAGCUAAUGUAGGUUCUCGAGUCACUUCCUGUAACCUUUCGUACGCAUUCACCAAAAUAUCGGAUGUACUGUCUGCAAGUUCUUCAGGAGGGGAUGAUGACGCCAAGGAACUUGCGCUGGGUUUCUCCAAAACCUUUAUAGGUGCUACUAGAUCGGAAGCAGCUGCACGAAGAAACCGGUAAUGCCUUAGAACGCACUCGGGCAAAAGAGAAACAAUAGGCUCAUAAUUGGCAGCCGCGUUCAGUACCAGUAUGAGUUUGGCGAUAUAGAAGACGUCAUCUAUUUGUUGUUCUCUGGUGUCAUAUACAAGGUGGAGGCCUAGAAGUUCCCGAACCAUUCCAUGAACGAAAACAGCAUGAUGAGCGCCAACUUCGCUCAAACACCUAUGGCAGCGAUACAAAAGAAGUAGUGGAUAUGGCGAAAAGGAGGGGCACCUGUAUAUUUGAUUUUUGUCAGAAGGAAAUCGGUGCAAGCAAUUCAGCAAAGCUCGCGAGCAAAUUCUCAUGCAUUCAGCAUCGGCGAAUUCAGCCUUUGCCAGAAGAUCUCGUAAUGCUUGCCGGGAAUCCACGAUCGCAUCACAUAAAUUCGUCCUCCAAUGCAGAAACGAAUGCACCACAAGCUCCGCGAGGAACUAUGCUCUCCGUCUCAUCAUCUUGAGCUGCGGCAGAAUCAGUAGGAGGACAACGAGCGUUUAGUUCCUUUCCGGAUGACCAUUCACUGCUUGCAGACCUCAAAAGAUAUACCGCAAAAAUCAAGUCCACGAGAACUACAAGAGAAGUCCGGAAAUUCGCAGAGAUAUCAGUAAAAACAAAGAUGACUCACGGCAUUUGUCUCUGAUAACCCAAAUGACUAUAUUUCCAUCGUGAUUCUCUCGUUGGCUGUUGGGCUCCCUGAGUUAUCGCGAAUCGUGACUGAUGUACUUUUUUCACUUGCUCUCUACCACUGGAGUCCUGAACAGUUUUCAUCAUUUUCUUGUCAAGGGUUUGAUCUAAGAAACUGUCCGACACCAUUUGAAACUCUCCGAGAAUGGUAGCUGCUUCAGUCCUCACCAUUACCUCAUGAUCAUUCACAGCAUUACAUACAAUUGAGAAAGCAUCAUCACAGAGUUGCAGCUUCGUAUCCGACGAAUUUGAAAACGUACUAAUAAUCGAUAGUGUUGGCAUCCUGUUUGCGAAAACCAGCAGGAUACGUAGGGCAAGAAUCCGCACUUGCCUGUGGGAGUCUCCAACAGAGUUCUUGACGGUAUUGUAGGUAUGGAUGGUCAGUCCAUCUUCAACACCACUAAGAAGCGAUAAUCCUUCGAUCGCAGACAGGCGCACCCGUGAAUCCAUGUCGGUUGUCAUCUGACAGAGCAAGCGCUCCAAUACCAAUAAGGAUGUCGAAUCAGGCCUCCGGCUCAUAACACGUGCAACAUGAAAUCCUAUAGCUGCGCAUCUGUAUCCAUGUGCAGACGAAUGCAAACAUCGAUCGGCACAGCGCAAAACUCUUAUAGGAAUGCAAUCCGCUGAUAUUGCACCUGUGUUGAGACCCUCGGUUAGCAACAAUAGCAAACCAUCAUCCAAAUAAGUUCUCGUGAAUAGGUUGGCCUCCUUCCCUGCAUCCGAUAGUAUUCUCUGGAGGACAACGUUCCAUAAGGCACCAUCCGUCCGCCGCAUUAUACACAGCAACAUUCGAAGAAGUUGUCGGGCAAUUUGAUCAUAAGUGGUAACCGAUGCCGAAGUGAUGAUAAUGUUAACCACCUCUUCUAUGUCGUCGGUUAAGGUGGGAAGGUGUUCAAUUGAAAACUCCCGAAGCAAAAUGGAAGCAAUUUGA